AUGUUUUUGUGGGGAGCCAUAGACUUUUUCUCUUUUUUUAUUUCGCAAUUCUUUCCAAUCUAUCUAAUUAGGCGGUUGUGGGGGACACAGACUUUUCUUUUUGCAAUUACUAUUCCGAACCUACAAUUUUGUCUUUUUUCUGUGAAAUAUUUUGCAAUUACCCGUUACAUUCUUUUUUUUUUUCUUUUGCAAUUACGUUACAAUCUUUUUUUUUCUUUUGCAAUUACAUUUUCUUUUGCACACUUUUCUUUUUUUUUUACAAUUACUGUUUCUUUCCUUUUAGUUCAAUCUUUCCUUUUUCUUUUUCUUUUUGCAAUUUUUCUUUGUGGGGAGUACAUUCUUUCUUUUUUUUUUGCAAUUACGUUACAUACUUUCUUUUUUUUGCUUUUACAAUUAAUUCUGGCGUUACAUUUUCUUUUUUCCUUUUUUUUUUCUUUUGCAAUUACGUUACAAUCUUUUUUCUUUUGCAAUUACGUUACACACUUUCUUUUUUCUUUUACAAUUACGUUACAUUCUUUUUUUCUUUUCGAACCUAAUCCUUUUUUCUUUUGCAAUUACGUUACAAUCUUUUUUUUUUCUUUUUUCUGCAAUUACGUUACAAUCUUUUUCUUUUUUACUUUUUUUACUUUUGAACAAUUACGUUACAUCUUUUUCUUUUUUUUUUCUUUUUUGCAAUUUUUGUUUUUUUUCAAUAUCUGCAAUUACACUUUUUUUUUUUUACAAUUACGUUACAUUCUUUCCUUUUUUCUUUUGCAAUUACGUUUACAAUCUUUUCUUUUUUCUUUUGCAAUUACGUUACAAUCUUUUUUCUUUUGCAAUUUUACAAUCUUUUUUUUUUUUUUUGCAAUUACGUUACAUUCUUUUUUCUUUUUCUUUUGCAAUUAUAUUACAAUCUUUUUUCUUUUACAAUUACGUUACACACACACUUUCUUUUUUUCUUUUACAAUUUUGCGUUACAUUCUUUUUUCUUUUUUUUUUUCUUUUUUUACAAUUACGUUACAAUCUUUUUUUCUUUUGCAAUUACGUUACACACUUUCUUUUUUCUUUUACAAUUACGUUACAUUCUUUCCUUUUUCUUUUGCAAUUACGUUACAAUCUUUUUUUCUUUUGCAAUUACGUUACACACUUUCUUUUUUCUUUUACAAUUACGUUUUUUUUCUUUUUUUUCUUUUUUCUUUUACGUUUUUUUUUGCUUUUUUUUCUUUUGCAAUUACGUUACAUUCUUUCCUUUUUCUUUUUUUUUUUUACGUUACAUUCUUUCUUUUUUUUUGCUUUUGCAAUUACGUUACAAUCUUUUUUUUCUUUUUACAAUUACGUUACAUUCUUUCUUUUUCUUUUUUACAAUUACAUUACAUUCUUUUUGCAAUUACUUUUUCUUUUUUUCAAUUAUGUUACAUUUUUUGCAAUUACAAUUUUUUUCUUUUGCACUUUCUUUUUUCUUUUGCAAUUACGUUACAUUCUUUCCUUUUUCUUUUGCAAUUACGUUACAAUCUUUUUUCUUUUGCAAUUACGUUACACACUUUCUUUUUUCUUUUACAAUUACGUUACAUUCUUUCCUUUUUCUUUUGCAAUUACGUUAAAAUCUUUUUUCUUUUGCAAUUACGUUACAAUCUUUCUAUUUCUUUUACAAUUACGUUACAUUCUUUCCUUUUUCUUUUGCAAUUACGUUACAAUCUUUUUUCUUUUGCAAUUACGUUACACACUUUCUUUUUUCUUUUGCAAUUACGUUACAUUCUUUCCUUUUUCUUUUGCAAUUACGUUACAAUCUUUUUUUUUUUGCAAUUACGUUACACACUUUCUUUUUUCUUUUACAAUUACGUUACAUUCUUUCCUUUUUCUUUUGCAAUUACGUUACAAUCUUUUUUCUUUUGCAAUUACGUUACACACUUUCUUUUUUCUUUUGCAAUUACGUUACAAUCUUUCUUUUUUCUUUUGCAAUUACGUUACACACUUUCUUUUUUCUUUUGCAAUUACGUUACAUUCUUUCCUUUUUCUUUUGCAAUUACGUUACAAUCUUUUUUUCUUUUGCAAUUACGUUACACACUUUCUUUUUCUUUUGCAAUUACGUUACCCUCUUUUUUCUUUCGCAAUUACGUUACACUCUUUCUUUUUUCUUUUGCAAAUAGGUUAUACUCUUUCUUUUCCUUUUGCAAUUACGUUACACCCUUUCUUUGUCUUUUGCAAUUAGGUUACACUCUCUUUUUUUCUUUCGCAAUCGCGUUACACCCUUUCUUUUUCUUUUGCAAUUACCUUACACUUUUUCUUUUUUUUUCUUUUGCAUUUAGUUUACACUCUGUGUGUAAAGAACUUUUCAAGUACAAAUAUCGUUUCGAUAUGUCUUCAUUACCCUUUCUUUUUCUGAGUAUCUGCAAUUUUUUUCUUUCAUCAAUUCAUUCAGCAACUCUGUCAAGCAAAGAGAUGGGACAUCCGACUAGUAGCGAUCACCUGAUGAUUAAGACUAUAUUCGUCUUUCAGACUAAAUCAUUCGCCAUUAUUUAUUUCGCUGCUGCCGGAGGCGUUACCUAUCUAUACAUCAGCUAUUCCUUCCGCUUAUCUCCCUUGUUUCUUUCGCUCUUCAAUUCAAUAUUUCUCAUUUCCCAACUCGUUCUCCUUUCCUCUUGCCGUACACACAUUUCUUUUUUUUUCCCCUCUUUCAUCAACGUCUUUUCCCAGAACAGAAGUUUUAUUUGCUUUUUCUCUUUCUAUCUCAGCAAGAAUAUUUUAGACUUUUCCCCCAACUUUUUUUUUCUAUCGAAGACACAGUUUUUCUUUACCUCUCUUUUGCUUGACAUUCGGAUGAUAGGCUUCCAGCGUCCGAUUCAAGCGUCAACACCCAGCAUUCCGAUUCGACCGUUCGACUCCCAGCGCCCGACUCCCGCGUUUGACUCCCAGUCUCCGACUUCAGCGUCCAGCUCCCAGCAUCCGACUCUCAGCGUCCGACUCCCGCGUUUGACUCCUAGUGUCCGACUCCAGCGUCCAGCUCCCAGCAUUCCGAUUCGACCGUUCGACUCCCAGCACCCGACUCCCGCGUUUGACUCCCAGUCUCCGACUCCAGCGUCCAGCUCCCAGCAUCCGGCUCCCAGCGUCCGACUCCCGCGUUUGACUCCCAGUGUCCGACUCCAGCGUCCAUCUCCCAGCAUCCGGCUCCCGCGUUUGACUCCCAGUGUCCGACUCCAGCGUCCAUCUCCCAGCAUCCGGCUCCCAGCAUCCGGCUCCCGCGUUUGA